GAGAUCUUUGGGUUCUUCUGAGCCUGUAUCCCCCCGCACAUCCUUUGCUCGCCCAUCGCGGCCUGACACCCUAUAUCCACCUCUUUCCGUGACCAGGAUCUGUGGUGGGAUUUCUGUGCCAUCUUGUUGCCGAUCUGUACCUUGCUUGGAUUAUAAGAAGUCGUUUUUCCAUCUGGAUUACAAAUAUUUCCUGGAAAAGAUGCCACCCAGGACCCGGGGGCAGGUGUGAGCCACUGAUUUUGCCAUCUCCCUGGGCAUUUUGGGCAGGAAGGAUGGCGAUUGUUGUAUGCAGCCUGCCCAGGACAUGAUGGCAGGAAGGUUUGGAACCCGCUAGGACCCCAUCACCAGGACCACCUUGGCAGCCCCCGCCCCCAGGGGCUAAUGAGGAUGGAGGGGGACCACUUGCUGACUGGCUGGGGGGAUAUGGGUAGCAGAUUGCUGCCUGACCCAGUGGACGGGGAGGUGGAAUCUCCCCGGCAGGUGAUACGGGCAGAGGAGAAGGGAUGUGUCUACCCGCAGCUCCGGCUGGAGGAACCGGAUGAGCAGGGUGAGAUCAUGCCGGCUCCCCACCCAUUGCUUUCCCAGGCCCGGAGGGGAGGAGAGGGGCAUUGCGAGGCCGUUUGUGCCCAUGGGGAGGGGGUGGAGGGUGCCGUGCUGGAGCUCAAUGUAAUCCCUGAGGACGAGCAGGUGCCCCUUUUUGCCAGUGAAUCUAACAAGAUGCCCACACAAGAUAAAAUGCCCCAUGUAUCUUUGGUGACCUCAGACCCUCCCGCCACAAACCACAUAUCUCCUGUAACUCCAUAUUCAGGCAUGGUGCCCACAGUGCCCCCUAAAGAUAAUCAGAUACCCUCUGUGCCACCUGACUCAAACCAAACAACACCUGCACCUUCUGAUUUAUGCCAGUUGCUCACUUUACCAUCUGAAUCUAAGUUGAUAACCUUUGUAUCCCCCGAGUCUACACCAAUGUCCCUUGAACACUCUGAUUCCAACCACAUGCCCUGUUUAUCAUCUGAUUCUAAUAAGAUACCCCCUGAUAAAAACCAAAUGCUUCAAAUAUCCUCUGAUUCAAGCCAGGUGCCAUCUCUACUAUCUGAAACAAACCCAUUGUCCUCUGUAAACCUUGAGUGUAAACUAAUGUCCCCUGUUACUUCUAAUUUACUAUCUGAAUCUAAUGAGAUGCCCUCUGAGUUAAACCAGACACCGUAUGUAUCCCCUGAUUCAAGCCAGAUGUUUACUGUACCAGGUGAAUCUAACCAGGUGACCUCUGUAACUGUUGAGUCUAAUCCAACAUCCCCUGUUCAUGCUAAUUCCAAUAACAUGAUUUGUUUACCAUCUGAAUCCAAUCAGAUUCCCCCUGAUUCAAGACAGGUGUCUGCUGUACCAUGUGAAACUAACCAGAUGACCUCUGCACCUGCUGAGUCUAAUCCAAUGCCCCUUGUUUAUUCUGACUCCAACCACAUGCCCCAUGUACCCCCUGAUUCAAACCAGAUGCCCCAUGUACCCCCUGAUUCAAACCAGAUGCCCCAUGUACCCCCUGAUUCAAACCAGAUGCCCCACGUACACCUUGAUUCAAACCAGAUGCCUAAUGUACACCUUGAUUCAAACCAGAUGCCUAAUGUACACCAUGAUUCAAACCAGAUUCCUUUUAUUUCACCUGACACUAAUCAGAUACCCCCUGAUACUUCUGAUUCUAUUCACCAGCCCUUUGUACCAUGUGAAUCUAACAAUGUACCUAUAGCACCUGAAUCUAACCAGCGGCCCCAUCAACUGCUUGCUUCUACCCAGAUGCUCCUUUUUACACCAGAAUCUAAUUCAAAAUCCACUUUAAUUUUGGAUUGUUACCAAGUUCCCCAUUCACCAUAUGAAUCUAACCAGUCUAAUGAGCUGCCACAUGUAGCAUUAGAAUUUAACCAGGCACCCCACGUACCAGCCACAUUAGAGCAGGUGCCCCUUAUAUCUCUUAAAUAUAUUCCAUCUGUAACUCCUGAAGCUAAUCAUAUGACUAAUAUUUAUUCUGAAUCCAGCCAGGUGUUCUGCUCUUUUUCAGAGUUUAACCAGUUGACCUCUAAACUAUUUGAAUCAAACCAGAGGUCACCUCACACUGUUACCACUUCAGAAUAUUUGCAGAUGUCCACUUCUGAGACUUGUUAUACCAGUAAAGCUGAUGACAAAACACAUACACCUGUUUGUUUCCCCCUUGAAGCUGAUCAUAUUACCAUACCAUAUGAAAUGCAUUCUAAAUCUCCUACGAUAAAUAGGUGCAGGACUGAAUGUUCAGUGGAAGAUUAUCACAUACCUCCUUUACCUGUUUGUUUAUCUUUUGAAUUGGAGCCUCCAAAUAAUGCUUUAAAAGAAUUUAAGCAGGAGCCGAAAGGUCAGAUUAAUUUUAACAAUGAAGCAGAAUUAACACCCUUGCCUCAAAUUAACCUAUUCCCCAAAGAAGACCAGAAUUCAUGUUCUAAUAAACUUACAUCUGAAACUGAUUUGUUCUGUAGAACUGAACAAAUACCUAUAUCCUCACACUCUUCCUUAAAAAGUGAUCUAGCGCCCCUCACUGAGACUAACCGUUCAUUGCUUUCUGAGUCAGAAACUCGCUGUGUCCCUCAUUCUAGAGAUAGUAUAGACCUAGUUAUUGACCAGAAGUCCUCACCUGAUUUGAAUAUAUAUAAAAAAAAGGAUUUGCUGUCUCCAUCAACCAAUAAUAUAUCCCCUGAAAUUGACCAACCUGGUUUGCCUGAAUCCUGUUUACCAUAUGACUCUAGCCAGCUACAGCUGUCUGAAUAUAAUUUAUCUCCAGGCACUGCUCGUAUACCUGUUACCGAAACUUGUACUGAUUGUAUAUCCUUAUCUAAAUCAUGUUUACCUGUUGAGACUGACCAGCUGUGCUCAUCUAAAUGUUCUAUGCCUCAAGAUCAUGAUCGGCUACCAGUGUCUGAAUCCUGCUUUUUUGAUAAAACUGAACUAUUCCCUUUACAAGAGCCUUGCCUGUCCUCUAAAACUGAACAACUGCCUAUAACUGAAAACAGUUUUUAUCCUGAAAAUGACCCGCUGCCUGAAAUGUAUUUCUUACCUGAAACAGAACUGUCCAUAUCUGAUUCUUAUUGGGACUCCUCAAUUAAGCAGGCCCCCAUGUCUAUAUCCUGCUUACCGCUUGAAACCGAGGCACUGACUUUGAAUGAAACGUGCUUCCCCCUAAAAUCUCAGCUCCAAACAGAAAUUUGUUUAAUCGCUGAAACAGAAAACAGUCACUUCUCUGAGUCAAUUUUGCCACCUGGAACAUCUAAGCUACCCCUGGACAAAUUAUGUUUCACUCCUAAGAAAGAACAACUACCUGAAUCAAAUUUCCCUAUGGACCAGCUGUCUUUGUUUGACUCCAUUCUCGACUGUGAUAACUUACCCCUUUCUAACACCAGUUUACAUUAUGAAAUGGAGCAGCUGCCCCAUCUUACGUGGAAUUGGGCAGAAGCACCAGAUCAAAUGUUCCCUUCAGAAUGUGACUUGUUAGUCAAUUUACCCACAGAAGCUAACAAACUUCCUCUGUCUGACCCAGUAGAUCCCUUUUCAAUAUUUUGGUUGGAUACAGACACAGAAUCUGAACCCAUUACUAAUGAAGUGGACCAAUCCUUGUCUGAUGAACUCUUGGAACUCUCUCAAGUUUUCUCACAAUUGGAAGCAGACCAACUAGCUACCCUGCCUAAAACAGAUCAGGAUCAGCUUUGUGACCGUAUUGGAGAAUUAACAAUGUCUCUAAGUGAUUUUGGAAGGGAGCAGCUGCUUGAGAUUCAAGAGGGAAGACCAGAGCUGGAAUCCCCACUUCCUCAAGCAACCAUGCAAUUGCACUUUUCGAAUGUAGCUGAUCAGAUGCCUUGUUCUCAGAUAAAUGUACCCCUUGCAAAUGAUCAGAAGCUCACUGCAUGUCUAUCAGACCAGUUGUGCACAGGCUAUCCUGGCAAAAUAGUUGAAUCUAAGCAUCUAAAUGAGGUUGAUUUAAAAGGUGAGAUGAUUGUAUCUGGUGGUUCCAACUCUGAACUUGACAAUUGGAUUGAAAAUGAAGUGACAGAUCAAUGGCCUUUCUAUAACAUGGAACUGUUUUUUGAAACUGACAUAUCUCAUGAAUUAGAUGAUGUUCACCCUUGUCUUGGUAAUGUUCAAAAUGUACUAGAUUUUACAGUUACAAAUAAAUCAAUUAAUCCAACUGAUCUAAAUGACAACCUUGCAAUUUCUACCUUGGACCUUGAAGAUCACCACUUGUUCCAGUCUCUCUCAGAAUUACACAUUGGUAAACAACCAUUGCUAAUUUCCCAGAUGGAAACCACAUUUGAAAAUGCUGAAAUGCCUGUUACUGGCCAAAUUUGUUCUAAUUCGUACAUAGAUUUUGAAAGUCACCUUUUGACCCAGUCAUUAUCAGGGUUAUCUUUGUCCUCUCAGGCUCAGUUAAACUCAACCCUAUCUCCAAGAAACUUACCAAAUGAUACAAAUAAUUUGCCUUUAAUUGUUGUAACUGAUCCCUUGGAUCUAUCAGAUAAAACCAUUGCUGAUACAUUGCUUCUUCCAAUUGGUAUUAAUGGACCAUUGAACCAGUCUCCUGUUAUCCUCACUAUUGAAAAUUCUGAGGAGUCACGGUCGGAAGAAGGAUCCCUCAAUUCUGUACAGAUGUCCUCCUGUGAUAUACAAAACUCAUUUUCUGUGUCCCCUAAAUGUAAACAUCAUGACAGUAGCUCAUUGUUGCUUCCUGACUCAACCACUGAAGCCUCCGUUUUGCACAAUACGGAUUUGUCAGAUCACUUGUCGCCUUCUCACGAAGACCCAGCUUUUGAUGACACCUUAAUGUCGCCACCUGGUUCUCCUGCUCAGUUGUCUCAUAGAGAUUCAGGCAUUGAAGCAUGCCAGCUGCCUACCUGCAAUGCCUCAGAUACCCAACAGCCAGUAGAUACCCUCAUCUCAGCAUCUGCCCUCUCUAGUCAGUGGGAAGAAGGAAAUCUGAUUUUGGGCUUGCCUUUGGAUACUGACCUUGCUGGGCUUGGGGAUGAGGUGGACCGUCUCCGUGCUGUAUUUGAUGCUCUGGACCGUGAUAAAGAUGGUUUUGUAAAGAUGGAGGACUUUGUGCAAUUUGCUACAGUUUAUGGAGCAGAACAGGUGAAAUAUCUCACCAGUUACUUGGAUCCUGCAGGUCUGGGCGUUAUAAAUUUCCGGGAUUUUUAUCGUGGAAUUUCAGAAAUACAGAAUGAAGAUCUGGACAUGCAGCUGUAUGAUAUGGGAUACCCCUCAGAGGAAGAGCCCCCGGCUUGUUCUGUGGAUUUUGAUGAUAUUGCAGAAUUUGAGGUGACGGAGGUAACAGACAGUGCCUACGUGGGCUCGGAGAGCGCUUACAGCGAGUGCGAGACUUUCACUGAUGAGGAUACGGGAACGCUGGCUGCACAGGAAGACCCUGAAAAUGAGGGUGAAGUGGGAACAUCCCGUGUGCGACAGCCAGCUACGCUGGAAGGGUUGGAACUCUCUCUUUGUGACAUCUCGGCUGUCACAGUGACGGGUCAAGAGGAACAGUUUGAGGAUUUUGGUGAAGGGGCAGAGCCAGACCUGUUUAACAGUAACUGUGAGGAGGAAGAGCCCAAUAUUACACAGACAACAAGCUCCUCCCAGAAUAUCUCCCCCAGCUGUGCCCCUUCUUCUGAGCGCCAGCUAUUGGCGCCCCCUCCUUGCUUGGCCCUUGGCGGAUUAUACUGCAGCCAAUGCCACAAACAUGUCAAUCGAUUGGAAGAUUUGUCCACGCGGCUCCGCUACCUGGAGAUGGACAGCCCGGACAAACGGACGUCCAGCAGGAAGGAGGCGAGGAGGCUACAUCACAGCAGUCUGCUAGGGGAUGACCCUGCAACACAGCAGCUAACAGAUAUGGCAUGUGACGAAAGUGACCUCACAGACAAGGUGUUGUACUUAGAGGAGCGGGUGGGUGAGCUAGAGAGAGAGGCAACCACCACUGGGGAGCAACAGAACCGUCUCCGGCAAGAAAAUCUACAACUGUUGCAUAGGGCGCAUGCUCUAGAGGAGCAGCUAAAAGAUCAGGAGGUGCGCUCAGACGAGUUACAGAGUGAAGACACGCGCAAACAUCGAGACGAAAUGCGUAAAAUGGAGAGAGAUCGCGAGUACAGACUGAGUAGCCUUAAGGCCAGAAUACAAGAGCUGGAAAAUGAGAACAUGGAACUUCGGUCACAGUUGCCAAUUGUUAAAGCCACAACACAGAAACUAGAGGAGGAGAAAAAAAGGCUUCUGGACCAAGUCGAAGAGCUGCAACACCAGCUGCAAGAACACCAGCAACUUAACAAAAAGCUGGAAGGAAAACUGAACAAAGAAAGGCACAAACAGCAGACUGAUAAAGAAAGAUCGCAGGAGGUGAUUGAGGAGCUUCGUCGAGAGCUGGAGCAAAUGCAGCUGAUGCGGUUGGAGAUGGAGCACCGAUUAGGUCUUGGGAAUAGUACUGCGCUCCAGGAGUACAACAGCCGGACGCGAGAAGCGGAGCUAGAGCAAGAAGUACGAAGACUUAAGCAGGAGCACCGAGGCCUCAAGGAGCAGAACGAGGAGCUGAAUGGGCAAAUUAUAAACCUCAGCAUCCAGGGAGCCAAAAACCUUUUCUCCACAACAUUCUCCGAUUCACUAGCAGCUGAGAUCAGUAGCGUUUCUCGAGAUGAGCUCAUGGAAGCUAUACAUAAACAGGAGGAGAUAAACCUGCGGCUUCAAGAUUAUAUUGAUCGCAUUAUUGUAGCAAUUAUGGAGACCAAUCCUGCCAUCUUGGAAGUGAAGAUACAUUAAUUUCCCAGGUCACGUCAGAGGUACCAGGGGACAGUGGGCAUCUCUUUAAUCUCCACCACAGAGGAGGUGCAUCUGAGCCGUGGGGACACUGGUCACAUGUUUAUGCACCAAGACUCUGCCUGAUACGCCAGGCUACGGUUUGUGAAGACGAUGACCCAGGCAUGUGUGGCGCACCCAAGCCUUUUAAGAGUCUUACGUGUCAUAAGAGAACAGCUCACACAAGGAGCCCAGGUCGUAUUAAUAUACACUGUGUGUAUCUUGGACUCAGACCACAGCUCACGGGGAGCACCAGUGUCAUUGCAGAACACAGUGGGACUAUAUCUGGGACUCACAGAGAACUGUACAUAGGAGACUUGUGUUUUGUACACUUGCUGGCUUUCAGUGCAAUAUUCAGAAUUUAGUUUGUGAUCUCCGGCUACUGGAUGAAGACCCUUUUAAUCUAUUAAUAUGACUACAUGUGGACGAUAUUUCUGUAAUUAGACAGAAGUAAAUAUGCAUAUUUGUAUAUGAAGUACUCACAUUAGCCAUUCCUUCAAAUUACACUGUUGGGUUGUGCAUAUAAUAUAAAUAUAUAUGUAUAUUUAGGAACACAUACAUACGCACACACACAGAUAAAUAUAUUAUAUACAUACAUAUACAGUGUGUAUGUACGUGUAUAUAUGUACAGUUAUUUGCUGGUAUGCAUAUUUUGCAUAUAUACACGUGUGUAUAUAUUUAUUCAUACAUACUUAUAUGUCUAUGUUUAGUGGAACAGUUCCACGUCGCUGCUCUGAUCCCAAACGUUUGAACUAAUGGUGCUGCGUCUGAUGCGUGACAAGCCACUACUGGCGCUAAGAGGUUUAAAGUAACUGAUAACGUUUGUUGGGGAGGAUGAAUCUUCCCUUUGUUCUUUAGGUCUUUCCCCCCCUGUAUCUGUACUCCGUCCUCCCUCCCCCUUUUUCCUUUAGGGUAUCUGCACUUUACGCUGUCUCCUCCUCCUUUUUAUACGCAGAUUAUUCCAGUUUUUAGACGCUUUUAAAGAACCUUUCUAAAUGUAUAUAAGUAUAUAAAAUAUAUAUAUAAAUAUUGCCUGGUCUGUAAAUAUGGCGGAUAUGAGGCCCUGCUUGUCAGGAUCGAUCUCCAGCAGGUGACACUUGUGCAGAGCUGUGGGGAUUUUAUUUUGAGCCAUUUUGCACCCAGGCGGUCGCUAUACAGAGCAAUAAAUACACAGGCCCCAAUGGCAGCUAGAGCUUUAAACAACCAACGCUAACUGGUUAUUCUGUGUGAUUAGAAACAGCCCUCUAGUCCUAGGAUCAAUUCCAGUUCUCAAGUCACUCUUAAUAGGUCAAAAUUUUACUUAAAACGACGUUAAAAUAUUUUUAUUAUUAUUUAUCCUCCAGAAAUACUUCAGAGCAUUGCAUACAAAAUAGAUGUUUUAAAUACAUUUAAAAUGGUAAUUUUGAUAAAUAAAUAAGCAUUGGUUUGUAGUUGUGGGACACGCCCCUUAAAAAGCCUUUGGAAUUUGCUUAUUUUGCUGUAGCCAAUCAGUGAUGGAUAUAAAUAAGCUCCUGCAGAUAUUAACCAAUGGCUAUGCAGCAUGUACUAUAACUAGAGUACUACAUUUCAGCUUUUCUUGCGUUUUGUUUCUGAAAAAAACAAGUGAAAUAAAUAAUUUGAGUGCAUUGCAUAGUUUUUGUUUUUUUUAAUUAAGCAUAAUUAAUAAUUUUACUAGAAACAGUUGAAUCAUUUUGCUGGCUUUUGACAUAUUUCUUGAAACGUAUUGACUGUCCUUUCUACUCUGCUGUGGCUAGUUAUGGACAGAUAUAAAUAAGCUCCUGUGCUGAUCAAGCAAUCACUGUGUAACAUGUUGCAGGGUCACUAUUGGAAUAACCCAGGAUAAAUAAAUAAAUGCUAGAUAGAAUUAUAUAUUCUAAGCAAAGAUUAUCCUGAGAAUAAUACAAAAAUGAUUUAAAUAUAGCAAAAAUAAGUAAAGGUUUAGUGUCAAUAAAGCAAUGGUCACCACCAUCUUAUAACCUAGGUUUCCUUAGCUCAGGCCAAUUAGGGACAGUUAUAAAUGGGUCACUAGGGUGUGCAACCAAUGAGAGGGUAUAGGAUAUAGCAGUGUUAAGUCUGGAGUCACCACUUUUAGCAACAAUUGGAAAGCCCACAAAUUACAGGAAAAAGAGACAAAUUAAAUAAAGUAUAUUGCAAGUAUUUUUUACUACAUGUAGUUAAACAUUUUACAUUACAAUCUCAGUGUUUGAUGAUUCUUUUAAAGGAAUAUUGCAUUUUUAUUUUUUUUCUUACAUUAAGAGCUCGAUUUAUCAUCCACAGUUGGACAUAUUCCCCUCUGUCCGCCCAGCUUCUCUUCUGACGGACAGCAAGCCACUACUCACAUUUACCAUUGCAGACGAGUGUAACUCUGCCAGCACACAGCCAAUCACGCGCGGGCAGGAGCUGUCAAUCUCCCCGGUCAGAAGAGACCGGGAGAUUGACAUUCUCCACCUAAGAGGUGAAGAACAGGGCAGGGAAGCAGGGGUUAAUGUCCUUUUAAAUUUGACCUUUUAGGAACCCUUGAGAACUGGCAUUCAGAAAUCCUGAUCUACUGAGGAGCAGAGAAAGGGCAACAAUCUUUUAUUUCACUUUUUAAUUUAUUCAGAUUUUUCUUGCUCUUAUUGGUCCGUUUCUCCUUGGACUAUCUAUUGUUCAUUUACAUAAAGCUGUUGCAGUAAUACCCUUUCAAAUAGGCUGAACGCUCUCCCUCCCUCACUUGGGAGGUUGAUUUCUGUUGCUGUCUCUAUAUAGCUUUUCUAUGACCAAUACUGUAGUAUGGAAACGUUCUGUACAGGUGGCAGCUUCAACAGCUAUAUUAAAUAAGAAAAUAAAGGUAAAGUAAACAAUUUAUUACACUCCAGCAGGUAAAAUAGAUUAUUUGGAGCAUUAAAGAGGCUAUAAUUGUAUAGUACAAUAUCCCUUUAACUGUUUGCUCAGCAACUGUAUUUGUACUUUUAUAUAAAAAGAUGCAGCUAGCAUUUUGCAAUAUGACUGCUGCUUUACAAGGCAGCCAAUCUUUAUUGUGCUCACGGACAUCCAUGUGGGGGCAUGAGAAGACUAAUGUCCCCUGGCACGGGGCACACAUCAAGCGUAGGGGGUAGGCAGUAAAAAAAAUCCUAUGCCAUUUAGGACGUCACAAUCUCUUCUAUCAAAUGGUUAUAACAGGAUUGUUGUGAAAAUUGCAUUUUUCUAAUGUUGCACACAAGGUUACAGUAAUAAAUAAUGAAAGUAUGUCUCAUGUGACUAUUUUUAAAAAGGAGAAAAACCUCUUUCAAAUGGUCACAUGACUCUAUUAUAUUUUAUAUUAUGUUUAGAACUCCCCCCCCCCACACACACACACACACACAAAAGGGUGUGAAUUCCUGUGAUUUUACUUGGGCAAUUUCCUGCUGAAAUAUCUCACCCACAAUGUCACAACUCUAAUAACCUGCCACAAUUAAAACAUUCAGAGGACUAAAAGAGAGUAGGGUUGCAUAAUAAGUAGAAAUGUGGCACUGUUUUUUAUUUUUUUUAUUUCACAGGUGGCAAAAAAAAAAAAGGCACCAGCGCAUUUGAGCAAUCUGAAGUUAAAGGGAUAUUCCAGCCAAAAUUGGAAACCACAUGGGUGCAUUUCUGUAUUGAACAGAAGCAAUUUUGUAAUAUACAUGCAUUAGCAAAAAUGCUUCUAAUAAAAGCUAUAGCUGUUUCAAAAGUGUAUUUAAGUAUGCACCGUGCACCAGCAUUUUAAACACAGCACUUGUUCGAAGUUGCUUGUACCAUCUGGUAAUGAUUUAAUUUGUUAAUUGUUGACAUGAUACAAGCCUCACUGAUUAUAUGUGCAGCUGCAUUAUUUAAAAUGUGGGUGCAGUGAAAAUAUCUAGCUAUGCUGCACAUGCAGAGAAAAUUGUUAACACUAAAACAGUUAAUAGAAGCAUUUUUGCCAAUACAUCUAUAUUGCAAAUAGGUUUUUAUUCAAAGAUGCAAUGAAUCUAUGUGCAUUUAUUUUUUGACUGGAAUGUCCCUUUAACUGUUGACAUUUUCAUUUUCAAGCAUUUAAAUUGCAACAUUUUUGAUGAUGUGAUUUUGACAACUAAAGUUGUGCUUGCAAUAUUUCAGUAGCCUACUUGCCACAGCGAUUUUUUUUUGUCACCAGACAUUAAAGAGACAAUAAAACCAAAAUUAAACUUUCAUGAUUCAGAAAGAGCAUACAAUUUUCCAAUUUACUUCUAUUAUGAAAUUUUCUUUGUUCGCUAUCCUUUGUUGAAAAGCAUGUUGAGGUUGGCUCAUGUGCAGCAAUUCACUGCUGGAGCUUGCUGCUGAUUUGUGGCUGCACACACAUGACUACUUUCAUUGGCUCACAAGAUGUGUUCAGCUAACUACCUGUUUCUUCAACAAAAUAUACCAAAAGAACAAAAGCAAAUUUGAUAAUAAAACUGUGUUCUAUCUGAAUUGUGAAAGAAAAAAAAUUGGGUUUCAUGUCUCUUAAAACAUUAAUUCCAAAAAGGGAUCAAGCUUCAUUAAAAUCAAUUUUGCAAAAUGCUUCAUCAUCAAUCAAGUCUGACACCUCUUUUCCAAUACAUUUUAGCUUGGCUAUGACAGGAAGUCUAAAAUCUGCUUCUGAUUGGUCUCACCGUGAGCAAGCGAUCCUCAUUAUCUAGUGACAGUAUGUAGCCUGUCCAUUAGUGCUUACGCAGCAUAGACAGAAUCCUUAUCUCAACUCUUUCUGGCAACCAAAGAGUUAGGGCUAGAUUUAUUAAGCCCCUACGGCAGCAAGUUCUCUCAAGAACUUGCUCGCCGUGAUUUAUCAAGCAGCGGUCACCAGACCGCUGCUUCCCUAACAUCUACGCCACCUCUAUUGUUGCGAAAUUCAAUCUCCUCGGUCGAGUCCGACCGAGGAGAUUGACAGCUUCUGCCCGCGCGUGAUUGGCUGUGCGCGGGCAGGGGACGGGAUUGCACGCGAGCGCAAAAUUGCGCUCGUGUGCAAUGUUAAUUACCUGUGGGUAAUUUCGCCCCACAACAGGCGCCUCAGCGUUGAUAAAUCUAGCCCUUAGUGUUGUCUCCCUCAGGAGUGAAGUUUACAAAAAUAUAUUUUUUCUCUUGUGAUAAUAAAGUGUAGCACAAUCUUCAAAUAUACAUCAGCAGGUCACAGCCUCCUACAACUGUUUCUCAUUUUAGCCAACCAAGUGUGGUGGUCAACAGCUGCAUUUUUUAGGUCACGCAUAUAUAUGACCAUUAGGCAAAUCUCGCGGGCCAAGGACUUCAAAUUAACUCCCAGUUCCGAUGCAAAUAAUUGAUAACUUAAUGUUGCUUCAAAUUAAAAAAAAAUGAUUGUAUUUUAAAAUAUGUUUGGAACUCUAGUUUUUCAUGGAGAAAAUAUGCACAUCGUUUGACAAAAGAAUCUGAUUGAUUUAUUAAUCAUAAAAAUAGCUCCCUGCUGUUGGCGUCAAUUUUAUUAUCAGAAUUAGCAGACAAUGACUGAUAUGAUUCCUGUUAGUGCAGAAUCUGAUCAGGAGUCGGGAAUUGCUUAAAUUGUAUCCCCAGAAGUGGCUGCGCACACAGCUGGAGCAUGCAAGAGGCUUAAUGGUGUAAAAAAAAUGACUGAUUUGUUUAAUUUAAAGAUUUCUGAAAUCGUUUGCUUUUUUUCUUUGUGUAUUUGCAGGAAUUUCUGAUGAGGAAUAAACUGAAUUUGAUUGGA